AUGCAUAAACUCUCUUUCCUUCUGUUUGGCAUGUUCUUUGCAUCCGCCGUAUCCGCCGAUGCUCUGGACGACGCAAUAGCCCUCUUCAAACGCCAGAGCGUUCAAUUGUCCACUGGCGGCACCGACACCACGGACACCGCCGCCGCCACGGCCACGGCCAGCGAAACAUCUUCAGCUGCACCAACAUCCUCUGCAAGCGAUGAUGACUUCACGUCAUCCACUCUCGUCACGUCGCCAACGGCUUCUCCUACCAUCGUGACAGAGUCCUCUACGAUCACUCAAAGUCCGACCCAGUCUCCAUCGACUACUAUUGUCGUGACCACCUCUACCUUCACCCCCACCGACUCCGAGGGCUCUACUACCACCACCGAAGCCUCCGUGUCCACGGUCACCACCAGCACAAUUACGCCCUCAAGAACAUUGAUCACAACCAGUGCUACUCAAGAGGUCAUUACCACAAUCACAAGCGUCAGUGCCGGAAGUACCGUCCAUAUCACCAGUACCAGCAGCAGCGUGGUUCCUGUCACCACAAGCGUUGACCCGGCCUCGUUGACCAGCGGUAGUGGAAAACACGGCAGCUCUGGACUCAGUGACACAGCCAAGAAGACAAUUGGAGGCGUGGUUGGCGGCGUGGGUGGUGCCCUGCUUCUCGCUGGACUGGCAUAUACCGCCUGGCGGAUUUGGGGCAAGAAGAAGAAUCUUCAUGACGAUGACUUGUACGACCCCAACCUUAACCAGGACAAACUCAGCGCAAACACGGGAUCCGAGUCCACACCUUUCCGCUCGACCUUGGACCAAUAUCAUCAACCAGGGCCUGUGAACACCGCUUCCAACUUCUAA